UUAUAAGUUAAAAAUAUGAUAAUUCUCAUGGUAAAUACAGUUUAAUUCGUAUUAGAGAUACAUUAGGAAUUUGUUAGGUGAUUUCAAAUUAGAAUUUAUUUCAGGGUUUCAUAAAUGAUUCGCAGAUAUUAAUUAAUAAUGUCCAAUGCCUGUUCAUAGAAGUUCUAACUUCUUAAGUGUUGUUAUUUAAGUAAAGGAAGUUGAUUAUUGGAAGGCAUCAUCAUAUUGGUUGGUUUUUACUCAGAAACAUGCUUUCCCACUAUGGAGAAUUGCUUGGUCUAAAUUCCGACAGAAUUCCUUCCAAUACUGCUUGCAAUCAGUUUGUAGACGCAUUGGCUAAAGCAUGGUGUGAAUAUAAUGACCCUAGAGCUGUAAUAAUGUUUGUGGUUCAGGCUGAUGAACGGAACAUGUAUGACCAACAUAUGCUUUCUUUAGCCCUGAGAGAAAGACAUCAUAUUACAUCUGUGCGGAAAACAUUGGCUCAAAUUGAUCAAGAGGCGGAACUUCUUCCUGAUGGAAAACUUUUUGUGGAUGGACAAGCUAUUGCAGUCAUUUACUUCAGGGCUGGGUACACACCACUCGACUAUCCUUCAGAAUCAGAAUGGAGGGCUAGACUACUAAUGGAAAAAUCUUCUGCCAUCAAAUGCCCAUCGAUAUCUUAUCAUUUGGCUGGCACAAAGAAGAUCCAACAGGAACUUGCAAAACCCGGCGUUCUUGAGAGGUACCUUGAAAACAAAGAUGACAUUGUCAAACUGCGCAAAUGCUUUGCAGGAUUGUGGAGUUUGGAUGAAUCGGAUAUUACUAAAAGAGCAAUAGAAAGGCCAGAAUUAUUUGUAAUGAAGCCCCAGCGAGAAGGAGGAGGAAACAAUAUCUAUGGCGGUGCAGUGAGGGACACCCUCAUAAAAUUGCAGAAAGCAGGAUCUCAAGAAGACGCAGCUUACAUCCUUAUGCAGAGGAUAUUUCCAACUAGUUUUGCAACAUUUAUUAUGCGUAGUGGCUGUUGUCAUAAGAAUCAUGCCAUAUCAGAACUUGGAAUAUUUGGCACUUAUUUGAGGAACAGAGAUAAAGUCAUCCUGAAUGAACAAAGUGGUUAUUUGAUGCGUACGAAAAUAUCGUCAUCUGAUGAAGGUGGAGUUGCAGCUGGUUUCGCUGCUUUGGACAGUGUAUAUCUGACAUGAUGUGGUGAUCCUGUUAGUUGUCAAGGUAAUCCAAAACAGUCUGUGGUUGUUGGAUUACUUGUAAGAUGUAUGGUGCGUCUGGGAUUUUUUUUUGUCGACCACCAAAAACAGGAAGGGGAUGGUCGGUCAAGCUUGUCUAAUUUGAUUGUGUUCCUUGUCCUUGGUCGGCUGCUAACCUUCGGUUCUCAUGGGCAGGCCGACGACCUGUCUGGUAGAGCCAACAAGUCUGAUGGGUUGUUCAAAUAUUGAAAUAUUUGUCAAAAGGCAGUUUGAUGAGGACUUGUGCUCUCAGACAAUUUCUUCCUCAUACAUAACAGCAAUUUCUUUCGAACGAGUGGAGUCAGUAACCAGAACAAACUCUUUUAGCACUCUUUGUAUUUGAUGCUUUCAGGGUGAACAAGACUUGAGACAAUUGUGCGUACCGUACCGUACGUACAAUGUCUCACCUCUUAUCGAUGUACUUUUAUUUUUAAGGAUUUACCUUGACGCAUUUUUGUCAAAACUACUUUUAUUCUUUGCUGACAUCAACUGCAUCGGUCGCAAGUCGUUUGAACGAAGAAAGUAGCUUAUGCUUAUAUAAUCUUUACACGUUUCACUGGGUUGAUUGCUGUAGCUGAUCUCCAUCACAGACACCUGGAAUGCUAUUAAUCUUAAGAAAGCAGUUUAUGCUUACA